AUGGAGCAUAGGAGCCUGCUGGUGUCGGCCGUGGGCCUGGGCGUCGGCGUGGGGCUGGGGCUGGGGCUCGCGUCGGCGAGAUGGCGGAAGCCGGCGCACACGGCCGAAGUGGGUGCGGGAGCAGGCGCUGCGGAGGUGGAGGCGGAGCUGCGGCGGCUGGUGGUGGACGGCCGCAACAGCGAAGUCACCUUCCACGACUUCCACCACUUCCAUUCGUAUCUCAGCGAGCAGACGAAGGAAGUGCUCAUCAGCGCGGCCUUCCUCCACCUGAACCAGCCUGAUCUGUCCAGGCACAUCAGGAACCUCUCCGCCGCGAGCCGCGCCAUACUGCUCACCGGAUCCUCUGAGCCUUACCUGCAGUCACUCGCCAGGGCUCUGUCUCACCACUUCAUGGCCCGGCUGUUACUCCUGGAUGUCGCUGACUUCUCGCUUCGGAUCCAGAGAAAAUAUGGGAGCUCCAGAAAAUCCUUGGUUCAUAAUCAGUCCGUAUCCGAGACAACAUUUGGGAUGAUUUCUGAUUUCAUUCGAUCUUUUAUGAUGUUUCCUAAGAAGGAUGAUGAGCCUAGAGAACCAUUACGCCGUCACGUGGCAAUCGGUGCAGAUUCGAGAACUAGAGGCUCUAAUUUUGAUGCUUCAUCUGGUACGAGCUAUGUUAGCUCACAACAUUCAGGACAUUCAGUUUCAGCUAGGCGAACCAGUAGCUGGAGUUUCGAUGAUGAAGUUCUGAUAAAGUCACUUUACAAGGUCAUGAUUUCUGCGGCUGAAAGUGGUCCAGUUAUUCUUUACAUAAGGGAUGUUGACCGCUUCCUAAAUAGAUCACAAAGAACUCACUCCAUGUUCAAGAAAAUGUUAGGCAAACUAUCUGGGCAAGUGUUGAUACUGGGCUCCCUGUUACUUAAUUAUGACGCUGAGUACAAUGAUGUGGACGAUAGAGUUAGUUGCCUGUUCCCUUAUCAUGUCGAUAUAGAACCCCCGGAGGAUGAAAUCGAUUUCUAUGGUUGGGAAACUCAAAUGGAAGAAGAUGCAAAGAAAAUCCAGAUUCAAGAUAACAGAAACCACAUUGUAGAGGUACUCUCAGCGAAUGAUCUAGACUGCGAUGAUCUGAGCUCAAUCUGUCAAGCAGAUACGAUGGUUCUAAGCAAUUACAUCGAGGAAAUUAUUGUGUCAGCGGUGUCUUAUCAUUUUCGACAUAACAAGGAUCCUGAAUACAAAAGUGGGAAGCUUCUUCUAUCUUCUAAAAGCUUAUCCCAUGGAUUAAGCAUUUUUCAAGAAAUUGGCACUGAUGGGGAGGACACCCUCCAAAUGGAAGCAAAUGGGGAAUUAAAGUAUGGUGUGAAAGGUGCAGCUGGAUCUAAGAAUGCUGAGACUGAUAAAUCGCCCAUUGAAGAUGGUGAUGCUCCACCACCAAAGCUAGAAUUACCUGACAAUGAGUUUGAAAAGCGUAUCAGACCAGAGGUUAUACCAGCCAGUGAAAUAGAAGUGACAUUUGAUGACAUUGGAGCCCUGGAUGAUAUCAAGGAGUCCCUUCAGGAGCUGGUUAUGCUUCCUCUUCGGCGGCCUGAUCUGUUCAAAGCAGGAGGACUACUAAAGCCAUGCCGGGGAAUAUUACUGUUUGGGCCACCUGGAACCGGCAAGACAAUGCUUGCUAAGGCUAUAGCUAAUGACGCCGGUGCCAGCUUCAUCAACGUCUCGAUGUCCACCAUCACAUCGAAAUGGUUUGGGGAGGAUGAGAAGAAUGUCCGAGCAUUGUUCAGCUUGGCUGCGAAGGUCGCUCCUACCAUUAUUUUUAUUGAUGAAGUAGACAGUAUGCUAGGGCAGCGCUCUCGGUCCGGUGAACACGAGGCAAUGCGGAAGAUCAGGAACGAGUUCAUGAGUCAUUGGGACGGUAUCUUGUCAAAGUCAGGCGAAAGAGUCCUUGUUCUUGCGGCGACAAAUAGACCGUUUGACCUUGAUGAAGCCAUCAUUAGGAGAUUCGAGCGCAGAAUCAUGGUCGGCCUUCCAACUCAGGAGAGCAGAGAGCUGAUUUUAAGGACUGUUUUGUCGAAGGAGGAAGUUGAUGAAAACAUCGAGUAUAAGGAGCUUGCAUCGAUGACCGAAGGGUACAGCGGCAGUGAUCUUAAGAAUCUUUGUAUGACAGCUGCUUACCGCCCGGUCAGGGAGCUCCUGAAGAAAGAGCGGUUGAAUGAGAUGGAAAGAAGGAAAAUGGAGGCAGCAGAGAUAACAACUGUGCCAGAAGAUUCAGACAAGCCAGAGAGCAAGAAGUUGAGUUCACAUAACGAAGAAGGUAGUGCAGAGACGGCGAAUUUGGACAGCAAAGGGGAAAGUUCAGAAAGCAAGGCAAAUAAGGCCGAAGGUGAGGAAGUGGCGAUCAACCUUAGGCCACUGACGAUGGAGGACCUGAGACAGGCCAAGAAUCAAGUUGCGGCGAGCUUUGCCGCAGAGGGCGGUGUCAUGAACGAGCUGAAACAGUGGAAUGAUCUCUAUGGAGAAGGCGGCUCCAGGAAGAAGCAGCAGUUGACAUACUUCUUGUAGAACAGACGGAUGCUUGUGUCAGGGACUAGUAGUGCUAUGGAGCAGUAUGUUGAUAGGUAAAGGCAUAUUAGAUAUUAUUAAUAAGUUGGCAUCUACUCUAGUAGUUUGUUCAGUAUAUAUAAGCUACCACUGUAUCAAGUCGUCCAAUCAAGAAAUAAAACCCUAAACUUUAUCCAUAGUUUUC